UUGAAACACAUGUUUGUGGCCAAGAGUGUGGACAACAUCCAGUUCCUGCCCUUCCUCACCACCAAUGCCAACAACCUGAGCUGGUUGGGCUAUGGCUGCCUGAAGCAGGACGGGACACUGAUCACCGUCAACGCCGUCGGGGCAGCACUACAGACCCUCUACAUCUUGGUGUACCUCUACUACAGCCCCACCAAGCGCCCUGUGCUGCUUCGGUGCUUGCUGCUCCUGGCCGUGCUGGUCGCUGGCCUCAGCUACUUCACCCUCCUGGUUGGCGACAUGGGGACGCGCCUGGCACGCCUGGGGCUCUUCUGCAGCACCUUCACCAUCACCAUGUACCUCUCACCGCUGGCUGACCUGGCCAAGCUUGUCCGGAGCAAGUCGACGCGGUGCCUGUCCUGGCCCCUGACUGUCGCCACCUUCGUGGCCUCCAGCAGUUGGACACUCUAUGGCCUGCAGCUCCACGACCUCUACAUCAUG